AUGCGACAUUCAAGACAUGAAUUCAAUUUCUCCGUAGUUAUAUGGUUACCCCUUUUACCACUUUUGAUGAUUUGUAUCGGAGAUUACUUUAGAAAGAAGACAUCCUCGAAAAAAGAUUUGUGCUGGGAAAGCCUGAAUAAUAACGUAUCAGCUUCGAGAGAGGCAGUGGAUUGGGUCUCAGCUGAGAUUUCUCAUCUUCGUAGAUUAUUUGACCUCAUUGAAAGUACUUCGAUCAGAACAAACAAGAAGGAUCAGAUGACAAAUGUAGAUCGGAUCGGUAUUUCUCAUGAAUCACUUAGACGUCGUGCUUUAAAUUACAUUGAUGAAGCACGAUACACUUUGAAAAAUUUACGCAACAUUUUUACCCAAUUAAAAAAAGUUAAUCAAAAGGAGUUGGACACUGAAACAGUUUCAUCGAUACAAGCAUCGUUAGUUCGUUAUCGACAGAAUAUAGAGGAAACUAUUUUACACUUGCAACUUAUUCUUAACAAACUAGGUGAAUUAGAUGAAUUUUCACAAAUCAGAAAGAAUGGCUUAAAUAGGCUUUCACAGCGAUUACAGGAGAAGAUUCAAAAACAACAGAAUCCGUCAGAUUGUAAAAUGACCAAAUAUGUAACAUUUGACUUCACUAAUUUGUGUGGAUUGGGUUGUUGUAUGCAUCAACUCAUAUACUGCUUACAAUUGGCUCUUGAAAAUGAGCGUGUUUUAGUAUUGAAGAAACAUCAUCCUGGAGAUAUAUUUCGAGAAUGGCUUCAUCAGAACAUGUUACCACUUUCUGACAAAUGCAGUUAUUUGGACUCAGAUAAAAGAUCAGAUAGCAUCAAUUGUCCUUGGAUUGUAAAGGUUCACAAAGAACACAACUGGUUGCCACAUGUUCUCCCGAUAGAUAUGAAUAAAGAAUUAUUACGUUUACAUGAAGCACCCUUUGUUUGGUUUGCUGGUCAGCUAGCGGCCUACAUUUUGCGUCCAAAGCCACACUUAGCACAAUUAAUCAAUGUAACCUUGAAGAGCUUUAAAACGAGUGGUGAUCCUGUUGUUGGCGUGCAUAUCAGGCGUACUGAUAAGUUAAUUUGGGAGGCUCAGUUUCAUAACUUAUCCGAGUACAUGGAACAUGUGGAUAAUUUCUUUGAUUUACACAGUGUUCAUCUCUUGACUAUGUCAAAGAGACAUGAUAUGAAUGGAGAGAGAUUUGGAUCAGUUUCUGAAAGAAUCAUUAGAAGAAAUAACUCUGUUCAAGCUAAGCGAAGUGUUUAUUUGUCGACAGAUGAUCCGAAUAUUUUUACUCAACUACCCUACAGUUAUCCAAACUACACUGUGUAUGGUAGUCCAGGUAGAUCGCAGUCAGCUAAUUUGAAUAUGCGGAUGUCAGUUAAUUCAAUGAAUAAUGCAAUUAUUGACAUCAUUGCACUUUCAAUGACGGAUUUCCUUGUGUGUACAUUUUCAUCGAAUGUUUGUCGUUUAGCUUAUGAGUUGAUGCAAACACGUCAUGUGGAUUUGGGUGAUGCCACACAAUUAUUUCAUUCAAUCGAUAAGUUAUAUCAUGAAGAAGAUUACAGCAGAAUGAAAUUUGAUGUGAUCAUUCCAGAUAUGAAGAUACUGAGAAAUCAUGUGAUGGUUCGAGUCGGUGGUGGCUGGGAUACACUGAGUCAUUUCUUAUCGAAAUACGAUGAAUGUCGUAAAGUUAAUCCAUGUAAGAAUGCUUUCAAUUCAGUUUUGAAGUUUUGCAAAGCUUUACUUGUUGGUACCAAACUAUUUCACAGAUCAUGUGUUGUUAGAUCAUAG